CAGCGGGGAGACCUCUAGAUGCCAUGGCUCUGUUCCUGCUCCAGCCAACCACACAGGAUAGAAAGUGACAAUUUCUCCAGGUAAAAUGUCAGCCAAGAAUACCACCGAGCUAGCCCAAUUCAUGGACAAGGACCAGUCUUUCCUUCCUGCCAUUCCCAUAAACCGAAGUCACCAGCUGGAAGUCCGACUCUCCAACCAAGAGAGGACCAUUGCAGUCCUCUUGGAACAGGCCUUCCGCAUCAAAGAAGAUAUCACUUCGUGCCUUCGGGGAAGUCAAGGGUUUCACAGGGAGGAAUCUCUGACUCAGAAGCUCCUGGAAAACCACAUUCAGACCAUCACAACCAUAGUAAAAAAACUCAACCAGAACAUCGAGAUUUUGCAAGAGCAAAUAAGAGCUAGAGAUGGUGUGACUACGGAAACGAAUCUUGCCCUGCAAAACCUGAACCACAAGCUUAUUCAAGAAGUCGGGGACUUACGUGGAAGAGUGGCCAGAUGUGAUGCGAACAUUGCCAAGCUGUCCGGAGACAUGAACGUCAUCAGACAUGAUUUCCGGGUCCUUGAGAAAGAGGUUCAAGGAAUCAAGUCCACCUUGGAAGCCUAUUCCAAUAAAGUUGAGCUAAAGGUAAUGCAGCUAUUAGGUAAGAUUGAAAUUUCCAACUCGGAGCAAACCUCCAAUUUAAAGACCAUCCAUGGGGAUCAUCACCAUGAAUUGCAACUUCUGGAUUUCAAAGUAAAAAAGCUCCUAGAUGAGCUCUGUGAGCAGAUUCAGAAGGAGCGCAAGUGGACAGAAAGCCAGUUUACCAAAUCUGAAAAUGAACAGCUCUUCCACAUAAAUCAACUCCUCAUCACAGUGAGAGACAGCCUGGAAGAAGCUGAGAAUAAAAUGGAAGCAAAAAUGAAUCAGCAGCAGCUAAAGAUAGAAAAUUUAGCUAACCCACAGAAAUAUGAAGCAGAGCUGAACCAAAUGAAGAAUGCCAAAAAUACACUGUUCGGGAGAAUAAAUAGGAUGGAAAAGCUGAUGUGGGGUGAGCUGGAGAAAAUACAGAAUGAUUACAAAUCAGGAUUCCAAUUGGUUCAUGAGUCCCUUGAGUCCCUCCAACAAAUACAGACAUCAAAGAUGCGACUAGAGAAAAAGAGAUUCAAGAAGGAUAUAAACAAGUUACAGCGCAAGAUAACAGAAGCCAAAGGUGCAUAAGAUCUCAGAACGGUCAUCUUCCUCUCUACCUGCGAGUUAUGAUAAUUUGCUUUCACGGCUUGAGUUAAGCUAUGUCGAUGUCUCUGUCCCAACUUGGCUGCUUUUACGUCACUCACAUUUCACAGUUCGCUUUCAAAAGCAGUGAAACAUACAAAACAAUAAAACAAAAAAA